AAAAAAAAUAUCUUUGUUUAAAAAAAAAAGAUGGAGUUUAAAAAUAGAAUAGAAAUGAGUAGAAUUUAUACGAGAGGGUUCGGGUAGGAAAAUAAAUUUGCGACGUCUAAAAAUUCUUAGACUCUAGCUCACAAAAAGUACGAUACGGCUUAUUGUAUUUUAUGUAUGUAUAACGAGCGUAAAGUGAAGUUGUAUAUAAAUAGAAAAUGAGGGAGAUGGAAGAUUUUUUUUCUACUUGUAAUUCAUCAGCAAUAGCCAAUAUACGAAAAGAAAGGAAAGGAGAAUAAAUGACUAAGAGGGAGGGGUAGAUAGAUAGAUAGAUAGAGGAAUAAAGAUAGGGAGUAAGAGAAAAAGGGGGAAGAAGGAAAAAAAUGAGAAAAAGAACAAAUUAUUCUGAAUAAUUCGUUCUUUUUUCCUGCAAGUUUUGCAGUAUGAUCAAAUUAAAUAUUUAUACUUUUGAGGAUAUUGCUGAAAAAAAUUUGCGUUAUUAGUUAUACUUACGAUAGCAUUUAGACUGCGAAUGGGGGAGGGGGAAAGUGACAUAAAAAUUUGGACGAAGAUAAGAAAUGAGCUGUAUCAUCCGACAGCAUCAAGUGUGCGAGAAAAACUGCAAUAGAGGGCCAACUACAGAGGGCUCUGCAUCUUUACAGCCAAAACUAGAUUGACUCAAUCGAUGCAGUAUUGCUGCCGCCGUUGCGGUCGGCUCUAUUUCUGUAUACGCGCGAACGCUUCAUACUUUUGCAUCGCUGUCUAAAUUGGUCGAUAAGCGCCAAAUUUAUUUAUAUAGCGUAUAUAUAUAUGAUAUAGGUUUAUAAAAUUAGACCAAGCUAGCUCCUCUCCUAAUUAGGGCGUAUAUGCAUAUGCAAUUUUUUUGCUGAAAACGUCAUUAUGCUGUAUCGGACCGACCCAUAAUCCCCAACUGCAAAUGGCAGGAAUUGCAGAUUUUUUGGCGAUUGCCAAUUUUCUACGCAUUUUUAUAGCUCAUGUUUACAAUCGAGAAAAGAAGUAGGAAACGGUCGACGUUUGCAUUCGACAUUUGUUUGUCAGCGCUUGAUUCGAUUUACUGCGCUCGCCCUAUUCACUUUACGUAUUCGACGGUCACGUGACGAUUUUAGUUUAUUUCGAUGAGAUGACCAGUAACUGAAAAUUCAGACAUGACAAGUUCACUUAGUGAUUAGUACGAAUGACAUUAAACAACAGAAUUGUACGGUGUAAGGAUUAAUUUAAUAUAGAGAUAUCGCUCUAUUUCGUGUAUUCCCCAGAACACACAAAUUAACGCUACCCAUUGAUUACUUUUAUGUAUUUUACGAUCUCAACCAAAGGCAAUUACUGAUCGUCCUAUCUGCGGAUAAAUCAACUUAUGCAUUUUGAUGCGCUUUUAUGCUGGUAUUGUUACUGCUUGUUUUGGGACAUACCAAGAAGUCCGGGAUAUUCAUCUGUCAUUGUGCAGAUCGAUCAGAUACGAAACUAUAUAUCUAAUCUUAAGCAGUCUAGGCGUUUCUUUCUCAGCCUAGUAAAUAUACGCGUUCGACCGUCCAACUGGAACGGUUUUGCCGUUGCGACGCCGAAAAUCAGCAAGGGAUAUCUUGACCUAAUUAGGCAAUUCUAUUGCUGUCUACUAUUUGAAUUUGCUCUCCUUUUUCCCUUUAUAAAGCUCUUUAUUUAGCGGGAAUUUUGCACACGAGUCGAAUCUAGCAUAUAAAUUAGGAUUAAAUUGCUUUGCAGAGGAUGGAUGCUGUUUACAGUCCAACAGGUGGCGUUAGAAAGCAAUAGCUAUCGAUAGGUGGCGUGAGUUAUGUUGCGUUUGCGGAAAAAUACCUUGGGAAAACUAAAUAAUGUAAAUGCACGUUUUGCUGACAAUUCCAUCCCCUGAAAACGUGUUAAUUAAUUACUAAUUAAAAGCUUACCCUUAUUUUGUAAUGUGCGCAUUUUGUGUGCAAAUGUCUUUAUAAGAAGGCAUUUUAAUUAUCUUUUCAUUUUUGUGCUGUUUUUUUUGUCCAAGUUUUAGAAGAUGCUGCGCAUAAACACGACAUACUUCUUUACAUUCCAUAACUCUUAUAUGGAGUGUAAAUAAGUACGGGGCAUUAAGUGCGCUGAAAUAGGUUCAAUCCUUCGUACUCGAAUGCUUGUAGCAGACUCAGGCAAACCUCUGUCUUAUCUUAACGGUUUCGGGUUAGGUUUCAACCACGUGAUACAAAAUGGCGUUCCGGUUCCUCGUUUUUUUAACAUCCAAAAUAUUUCCUUUAAAAAUAGAACAAUGGUAAAAAAUUAAGACAUUUAUCUGCUUAUUUCACACCAUUUGUAGUUCUUUUUACUGACUUUUAAACUAAAGUACUUUUUUAUGGUGCAUUUCUUAGGUAGCUCAAGUUAAUGAAAACGUUAUCGAAAUCGUAAAAUCGCUAUUAGUUUUACUUUAAAUACAUCUUUAACUUAAGUUUGAUAGUCUAAAAAUACAGCCACCCAAUGUUUGGAUGAAUGGGCUGCUGCUUAAAGUUAUCUUGGUACAAACGAGGGCGCGGCAAAAGUUUGGUGUUCUAAAAAUAGACUCGAAUUAGAAUAUCAGAUAGCCAAAGACUCAAAUUUUAUGGCCGAUACAGUUAAACAAAAUCGCACAAACUUACAUCAAAUUCGGUUCCAUUCUGUUUCAAAUGAACACUAAAAGAUUAGAGUUCACUGUUUGAACAGUUCAAAUUGAUUUUGACUUUUCAACGCCGUCCGCCGAGGUCGAAUGAAGGCGAUAGCAACAGCGCGGGUCGUUGUCUAAUCUGCAUAUUAGACUGGUUUCCGCUUUUUCCAUCUCUCUGAUUGGUCCAAAGUUUUUUUUUUCGGGAUUUCUCGGCGAUGAGAUGUAUGAGUAAUCUGUUAAUGUAUACGGUUUCAAUUUGGUUCGUAAACAGCAAAAAAAACCGCGCGAAAAACGCUAUGAAUUUAGUUACGUAUAUAAACUUAUUUUUGCGGUUGGUCUUUGAUCUAUGAUGAUUUUUUAAAAAUAUUAUAUAAAAAGUACUGAUAAGAGGGUGCCAAAAAGGGUUCUGAAUUUGAAAGUUGUUUGUACACCGUUUGACGUCCUCUAACGACACUUUCCAAUAGCAUCCCGUAACAAAGGUGGGUUUGUUUAACGAUGAAGGCUUCAUCCGAGGCCUAAGAAGCGUAAAAGAUAUUCUAGAAGGCUAUUGUAUAAAUAUAUAUAUUUGAAAAGCCAGGUUGUUUGUAAAAAACUUGGUCUAUAAAAAGCGAACGCCUACAAACUUACAAACCGUUUCGCUGUUCCAUUUAUAACCAUACGAUAUUUUUUACACCCUCCUAUAGUCGAUUUCUGCGAUUCCAGCCUCUUUUCCGCGUUUCUCCCCAUAGGCCUAUAUUUAGAAAAAUAUUUCCUGCGAACUAUGCAAGGAACGGUUUGCCAAAAAUAAACACUUGACCCUCCGCCGUGUACCACAUGGUAACUAUGGUAACCGCUAUAGGUUUGCACUUUUAAGGGACGGAUCGGUUUUUCCAUACUCUCACAGAUUUCUCGAACUAUAGUUAUAUUCCAAAAGAUUUUCUAAAAAAUGGGAGGCAAUUAAACCAAAAGGCUUUAUCGGGAUCGGAUUAAACCAUCAUGCAAUUGGUUUUAUUAUCUAAUAAAGAGAUAAUAAAAUAAGACAAAGAAAGUAACCAACUUUCUUUUCCUUUGUUGCAUCAUCGAUAUAGAUUAGUUAAUAGGAAACAUAUGCUUAUCAAUCUCUAGUCCUGCAUCUCUCUAUUUAUUUAUUAUAAAAUAUCCCGGACAGUGCCAUGAGAAUACUCUUAUCAAGGCUAAGCAGACCGUGGCUUGUGGAUGAAAAGAAGGACGACGGUUACACAGCUUUGCACCUAGCAGCUUUAAAUAACCACUUAGAAGUAGCUGAACUCCUAGUUGUUCAGGGAAAAUCAAAUAUGGAUAUUCAGAAUGUUAACGAACAAACAGCACUCCAUCUUGCGGUCGAACGUCAGCAUACGCAGAUAGUAAGACUCCUAGUAAGACAAGGUUGUAAUCUGAACAUUUGUGAUAAAGAUGGAGAUACGCCACUCCAUGAGGCGUUACGUCAUCAUACGCUAUCGCAGUUGCGCCAACUGCAGGAUAUGCACGACGUUGGAAAGUUGCUAAUGGGACUAGGAACACCAGGGACAGACAAAAAGUCUUCUGCGUCUAUCGCCUGUUUUUUGGCGGCUAAUGGAGCAGAUUUACAAAUAAAAAAUAAGAAAGGACAGAGUCCUCUAGAUCUAUGCCCUGAUCCUAAUUUGUGCAAGACUCUAGUUAAGUGUCACAGAGAAAGAGCCCCCCAAAGCCUUCACGCGAACACGCCAUCUUGUGGUAGCGAAAGCGAAAGCGUUGAAGAAUGUAUGGUCUGUUCAGACCUAAGAAGAGAUACUUUAUUCGGGCCAUGUGGCCAUGUAACCACUUGUUCCCUCUGCUCUCCAAGAGUGAAAAAGUGUCUAAUGUGUAAAGAAACAGUACAAUCAAGAACGAAGAUUGAAGAAUGCGUCGUGUGCUCGGACAAGAAGGCUAGCGUUCUCUUCAAGCCUUGCGGCCACAUGUGCGCCUGUCAUACCUGCGGUAGCCUAAUGAAGAAAUGCGUUCAAUGUCGAUCGAAUAUUGACAAGAUGGUGCCAUUUGUUGUAUGUUGCGGCGGAACACCACCACCAGCUCCUUCUACGCCUAGCGCAACAAUAAUGAAUAACGGUAGAGCAGAUAAUUCUAUCAAAGACGUUCAAAAGCUACAGCAACAGCUGCAAGAUAUUAAGGAUCAGGUUCUUUUAUUUUUACUUUAACAGUCGUAAUACAAGUUUAUUGGCGCAUUAUGAUAUUAACUUUUCCUCUUUUAUACAGACUUGCUGUCCAGUUUGUAUGGAUAGGAUAAAGAAUAUGAUAUUCCUUUGCGGGCACGGAACAUGCCAAUUAUGUGGUGACCGAAUGCAUGAAUGUCCGAUUUGUAGAAAAUCCGUUGAGAAGAGAAUUCUCUUGUAUUAAUCAUAUUGAAAAAGAAGUCUUUAGAAUGAUGUUUAAGUAUUUGAGUUCCACCAUUAACUGUUCCCUCCGAAUCUCUCGUUUAAACAAGAAAUCCUUUAAAAACUCUUAAUUUUUAUCAGCUCAUGUGAAGUAAGUUGCAAUGAGAUUUUUCGUUUGUGGGUUGUAUUUUGGCGAUUGUAUGAAAAAAACGCAAAUUUUAUCCGAAAGGUUGUGUUUGUGUUGCGAUAUAUCCGGUUGUCUGAAAGAAUUUCUAUUUUAUAUUCACAAAUAAACAUAUUAAUUUGAUUUUACGA